UAGAUUGACUAUACCCAUAUCGCAGUCCUUGCUCUGCUCCUCCCUGUGCACGGCAAGAUUCGUUCUUCUCCAUGGCCAGAUCACUAGAGCCGCCGCGGUACUACGCGGCCGCGCGCACUAGCCACCCCUCAGUCUCCACCUCCGCGGUGGGCUCCUGCGCCGUGGCCUGUCUCUUCCUCCUCCUCGCCGCCGCCGGCGCGGCGACGGCCCUGUUCCUGCUCGUCUGGCCACGCGCGCCGGACAUUUCCGUGGCGGCCGUGCAGCUCCCAUCCUUCUCCUUCGGCAACGGCACCGCCACCUUCACCUUCCAGCAGCUCGCCUCCGUCCGCAACCCCAACCGCGCGCCGCUCGCGCACUACGACAGCUCCCUCCACGUCGGCUACGCCGGCCGCGAGGUCGGCCACAUGUACAUUCCCGCCGGAAAGAUCGAUGGCGGACGCACGCAGUUCAUGGCCACCAGCUUCAACGUCCCCGCCUUCCCCUACUCCUCCUCGCCGAACACCAUCACCGUCCCCGCCUCCGGCCCCUCCCCUGCUCUAGCGGCGCUGGGGCGGCAGCAGGCGCCGCCGGUGAUCGAGGUGGACUCCCUGCUGGUCAUGAAAGGAAGGGUCACCGUGCUUCGGGUGCUCACCCACCACGUUGAGGCCUCCAAGCUGUGCCGCAUCGGCGUCUCGCCGGCCGACGGCCGCGUGCUCGGCUUCCGGUGCUGAAUGCUGAGCUCUCGAUGUGUAGGUGCUGUCGUAUCAAUUUCUUGAACUGGAUCGCUGCAAAAUUCAAAAUAAGGUUGUUUGAUCUAAGCUACUGCGUAGUGGUUCGUUUUUCUUUGGGUUUUUGAGUAUGCGUUUCGUUUUCUUUGCAUUCAUCCCGUUUGCUAAUCUUGAUGUUAUAGAUUAUACUAGCAUAGAUUUCUAGGUGCUCAAAGAGUCCAGACCAAACAAAGAUUUGGUUCUUGAGAUGUUCCACUGUUCAAAUUGAACAGCUGGUUCUGCUAUACUGCUGAGGAAACUUUUUUUCGAAAUGGGGGAAAUAUCGCCCCAGCUUCUGCAACUGCUGAGGAAACUGAAGUUAUAGUUCUGAUUUUCAUGGCUUCAAACUGAAUUAUAUUUUGAAAUCGCAAUGUACUAUACUCUUCUUUCGUGUG